AUGGAAAUCUCAUUUUCCCCAUUUUUCGAGGACUGCAACUACCCACUCUUCUCCCAGUCCUACCCGCAGGACCCGUACUCGAUAAUGUCCUCACCCGACCCGGGAAAGCGCCCCAGGUGCCCCGAUUUUGACGACGAUUUCUCGGUCGACGAGUUCCUCACCAAAUUCAUGCCCUUCGAUUCGCCGCCGGAGGUCAAACUAGACCUGCACGCAUUUCCGGCGGCCGCCGACCACACCUCCAGCCGCUCCAAGCGCGCCCGCUCCGAACCCGAUUCAUCCUCCGACGAAUCUGCCGGCGGUUCAGCCGCCGCCGCCGCCGCCGGCUCCCAGCGGCGUCUCUGGGUGAAGAGCCGGUCGAAGGCGUGGUGGGAGCAGGUGAACAGCCCUGAUUACCCGGAGGACCAGUUCCAAAGGGAUUUCAGGAUGAGCCGGGCCACCUUCGACAUGAUCUGUGACGAGCUCGAGCCUAUGGUUACCAAGAAAGACACCAUGCUCCGGCAGGCCAUCCCCGUCCGGCAGCGCGUCGCCGUCUGCAUCUGGCGGCUGGCAACCGGCGAGGCCCUCCGUGAGGUCUCCAAGCGUUUCGGCCUCGGCAUCUCCACCUGCCACAAGCUCGUCCUCGAGGUCUGCUCCGCCAUCCGCGCCGUCCUCAUGCCCAAAUUCCUCCGGUGGCCGGACGAUUCCCAGUUGGCGGACAUCCACCGCUCGUUCGAGCGCCUCUCCGGCGGGAUCCCUUGCGUGUGUGGGUCCAUGUACACCACCCACGUCCCAAUAAUCGCCCCCAAAACAAACGUGGCCGCCUACUUCAACAAGCGCCACACAGACCGCAACCAGAAAACGAGCUACACGAUCACGGUCCAAGGCGUGGUAGGCCCCAGGGGCGAAUUCACUGACAUAUGCAUAGGGUGGCCGGGGUCGAUGACCGACGAGCAGGUCCUCGACAAAUCUGCCCUGUCCCAGCGCGCGGGCAGGGGCGCGUUAAACGGGUCGUGGGUCGUGGGUGGGCCGGGCCACCCUCUGACCGACUGGGUCCUUGUCCCGUAUUCCCACGCGAACCUUACGUGGGCCCAACACGCGUUCAACGAGAAGGUCGGUGAGGUUCGGGCCGUGGCCCGAGAGGCUUUCGCGAGGCUCAAAGGGAGAUGGAGCUGCCUUCAGAAGAGGACCGAAAUGAAGCUGCAAGAUCUGCCGGUGGUUUUGGGCGCGUGCUGCGUUUUACACAAUAUAUGCGAAAUUAGGGGAGAGGUUUUGGGUUUGGAAUCGAGGUUCGAGGUUUUUGACGAUGAGGUGGUGCCCGAGAAUGGUGUGAGGUCGGUCGAGGCCGCGCGCGCGAGGGACGAGAUUGCGCACAACCUCUUGCAUCAUGAUCUUGGGGGGAAGGGUUUUGUGCUGUGA